GAAGAUUGGACCCAAUGUGACACUGACUAACAGGUCAGAUGUCCGCUUCCAAUGAAUUGAUCUUUACUGACUUAUAACCAGCAGGAGUGAUCAGGUUACAAGGGUUGCCAUGACACCAGGAGAAUGCUAACCAAACACCAAGUGAAUACAAACAUCUAACAGACAAGCAACAGACUGAGCCAGGGUGAGAGGAGCAGUGAUCACCUACCAUACCAGGCAGGAGCCAUCAGAAAGGUCUAUUACAUAUGGAUGAAGGCAACAAAACUGAUAUGGAGGGGGAAGAACAUCCUCCUCCCACUAUAGAAGAGGAAACCGAGGUUGACUCUCCCAACGCUGCAUCAAAGGGAGAAGCAGAACAGCUAAACCCACCUUUGGUAUCCAUUAACAGCAAAGAAGAGGGAAAAGGUCAGAGACGAAGGGGUGCAGUAAAAAGACCUAGCAUAGCGCCGGGAUCGGCUAAUACCGUAUCGUCUCCGACUACAUUAAUCCCACCCACAGGGAAAAAGAAUAAUGUGCUUUCUAAUGAAGCCAGAAAAGAAAUGGCAAAACUUGCUAAAGUUACAAAGGAUGAACGGAGAGCUCAGCUGGAUGCGAGGCACAAGUAUUUGGUCUCUAAAUUGGCUGAUGGUCUGGGAAUUGGGGAAAAUGAAGUGGAGGACUUUCUGAUUUCCGAUGAUAAGUUCAGUUUAUUAGCUGAUUUCUUUGCUGCAAAUGGAUCUAAAAAGCUCAUCUUCUUUUAUCAAGAAGUUGCUCAGCCAACCAAGGCAAAUAUUCCUGUGUGGGCAGAUCCAGCAAAUCUAAAUUCCUCAUAUCCCCAUGUCCAGAAGAAACUUUUUAUUACAAUGGACUCCAGUGAGGGACUGACAGGGACCUGCCUUUUCUUUUUGCGCACAACAGAUAAAGCAAUUUCAACAGCCAACGUUGUCCAGGAGGUCAACUUCAGCAUGUUUGAAUGUACAAAUGGGAACAUUCUCCAAGGACUUGAGAUUUUACUGGCUCAGGUUUUGGUGCCAGCUCUUAAAUGUCAAGAGAACUGGGGAGCUGUCAAAGAUGGUCUACAAAAUUCACAAAUACAGGAGUUCUUGGACUCGUUGGACAAGUUUGUUACCACGUUGUCAUCUGCAAAAAGCAAUCUGGAUGGAAAAAUUGAGCUAAAGAAAGUAGACAAUGACAAUUUCCUUGAUAGCUUGCAAAAUCCUUCAGACUUCAUAGCAGCAGGAGGUAACAGUGAAGUGAUUGAGAAGCUGGAGGGGAUGCUGGCUGUGUGGAUGAAGCAGAUUGAACAGGUUCUUGCAGAAAGUGAGCAAAUGAGGAAAGAAGCAGAUGACAUCGGCCCUUCUGCUGAGCUUGAACACUGGAAGUCACGCAUGUCAUCAUUUAACAGUCUUUUAGAUGAAAUUAAAAGCCCAAGAGUGAAAAAAGUUCUAAGUAUCCUUCAAGCAGCAAAAUCCAGGAUGUUAAAACAAUGGAAGGAACUGGACUGUAAUGUUACAAAUGCAGCCAAUGAAGCAAAAGACAAUGUCAAAUAUUUGUACACUCUGGACAGGUUCUUUGGUCCUCUUGGGAAAGCCUCACCAGCUACAAUGGUAGAACAUAUACCAAGCCUGAUGAAUAACAUUCGUAUGAUCUAUAGUACUUCACAGUAUUACAAUACUUCAGAGCAUAUGACCUCCCUUUUUCUUAAAGUCACCAAUCAAAUUGUCAGCACAUGCAAGAGUUACCUUAACCAAGGAGUUGUGAAAAUCUGGGAUCUUGGAAGGGAGGAACUUUUGAAGAGAAUUCAAGAAUGCGUGUACCUGAAUAAGCAGUAUCAAGCUUCUUUUCAUAAGGUGAAAGAGAAACUUAAAGAAACCCCAAAUGAAAGGCAGUUUGAGUUCAGUGAAAAUUAUAUAUUUGGGAAACUAGACACUUUUUGUAAGCGGCUUCAGAAGAUAUCAGACAUGAGCAAUGUUUUGGAAAGUCUGGGGGAUCUUCAGAAUAUUAGAAUUGAAGGAAUUGAAAAGAUCAAUAUUCGUUACCAAACAAUUGUUACCAACACUAAAUCAAAGACGUAUGAUGUACUGGAUCACCGAAAACAAGAAUUCGAUAAAGACUAUGUUGAAUUCAAGAAUCAAAUAGAAGGUCUUUACCAAUCACUUCAAGCAUUUGUGGAUUCUUGGUUUGAAAAACCUUUGACUACUGAGCAGAUGGUAAAUCUGCUGCUUAAGUUUGAGCGAAUUGGAAAGAACCAUCUUGACUUUGGGGAAAAGUAUAUGGUAGUACUGCAGAGAUACAGUCGAGACUUGGAUAUGGUGCGAAAACUUUACCAGAAGCAUAAAGACAGCCCUCCAACACUUCGAAAUGUACCCCCGAUAACAGGGAAAAUUAUGUGGGCUCGGCAACUGUACAGAAAAAUUGACCAACCGAUGAGGUUUCUUAAAACAAAAAUGGAGCUUUUGCAGGGACAAGAAAUGAAAAAGAUCAUCAGAAGCUACAACAAAAUGGCUUCCGUCCUUGUUGAGUUUGAGCUAUUGUACUACAGAGGAUGGUGUAAAUGUGCAGAACUGGCCAAAACUGGUCUGCAUGCAUCCUUGCUGGUCAGGCACCCAGAAACAAAGGAGUUAUUCGUUAAUUUGGAUCCAUCAAUCCUAGAAGUGCUUUAUGAAACAAAGUACUUGCAUAAAAUGGGUUUUGAUGUGCCAGAUGUCAUACACAGCAUUGCCACUAGAGAGCAGCAAAUUAAAGUCCAACAAAUUAAGUUACAAGACAUGCUAAUGGACUAUCAGGCAUUUACUAAUAAAAUCCCUGCUCUGCUGAAGCCUCUCAUGUCACCUUUCAUCACCCAAAUUGAGGAGGUGCUGUCUCCAGGCCUCACACAGCUUUCCUGGACCUCCCUUAACAUUGAUAAAUACGUUGCAAAUGUUUACACUUCACUGAGAGACAUAGAGCAGAUAUGUAAGGACGCCUCAGAUAUAUUGGAGUGCCGAAUUGAAAAAUUACUAUUGGACAUAUCAGAAACAGCACUGGUGGAUUUGCCCGAAGAUGAUGCAAUUACUGUACCGGGUUUUCUAGAUAGGACAGAAAAAGUUAUUGCUGCAGCGGCAGAGACAUUGGCUAUGCAAAGCAAGCAAGUCGAGCUAUGUUUGUAUGAAAUGAUUGAUGCCCUAAAGAAUAGGCUAAAACCUUCGGACAGGAACAGUCUACAGGACUCAUUUGUUUGUUUGCAUAUUGACGCUAAACAAAAAACUCGCUGUCAGGAAUGUCUUCCUUGUAGUUACUAUAAUGUUAUGGGCAAUUUAUGUCAGAAAAAUACAGACUCCUUUGUGAAAUGCACAAAAGUUUCAUUAGACACUUUAAAACGUCGAUUGCACACAGUGAGUUCCAAAUAUCAGACAACAAAACUCGCAAAAGAUCAUACCUCAAACCCACUUUUCAAAGCUGAGAUCCAUCUUGCCAUUCCAAAUGUUGUCAUGCGACCAAGUCUGGAAGACAUACAGAGUGCAGUGAACAAAGCUAUAAAUAUUAUAUUGUCAGCAGCCAAGGACAUUCCUCUUUGGAAUUUUGCACAUCUACAUCACAAACAACAACAGCUAGAGCAAAAUGCUGCCAGAGAUCUGGGAGAUGAACUUACUAAGAUGGUUGUGCUGAAACCCUUGGAUAAGCAAAUCAGUGAACAUAAAGAUGUGAGCAAAGUUGUUAUCCAGCUCAGCUCCAUUGUCUUGUCUCUUAAAGCUGAUGCUACAGAUGUACUUAACAGCUUUACUACAUUUUCUGGAAUCUGGAAUCAGGAUGUUGAUGAAAAAGUUAAAGAGUUCCUUGACACUAAUCCUGUAAUGUCUGAAUUCCGAAGUCAACUCAGUUAUUACUCACAAUUGGAAUCCCAAAUUAGUGAACUUCCAGGGCACUGCAUUGUAGGAUCUGUUGACUUCUCAACCGAUUGUCUGAAAAUGGCUUUGGUACAGGAAUGUCGUCGUUGGAAGAGAGCCAUUGGUUCUGCUUUGAAUAAAAAAGCAGCUAUGGAUAUGGAUGAGAUUUAUUCCUUUAUUGAUAAUCUCAGUAAGCGACUCAAUAGACCUAUUAAUGAUCUUGAUGAUGUACGUGGAUCUAUGGAUGCAUUAAAAGAAAUAAGAGAGUCAGAAAUUAAGAUUGACAUGAUGAUUGGACCCAUCGAGGAAUCCCAUAGUCUCCUGGUAAAAUAUGAGCUACUGUUUCAAGAUGGCAAUGCAGAGCGUGUAGAUGGAUUAGCUUAUGCCUGGAAGAAUUUAAACACACAGGUUGUGCAAACCCAGAAUUUACUCAUCAAAGUGCAACCAGAGAUGAAGACAGAUUUGCUUGAUGGUGUGAAAAAGUUUCAGAUUGAUGCCAGUGAGUUUUAUAAAGACUAUGACGUAACGGGACCUGGUAUAGAAGGUAUUCCUCCCAGAGAAGCAAGCGACAGAUUGCAAAUUUUCCAGGCCAAGUUUGAUGAACUUUGGAGGAAAUAUAUUACUUUUUCUGGAGGAGAAGAACUCUUUGGCCUGUCAAUAACAGAAUACUCUGAACUACAAAGGAUUAAACGGGAACUCUCAUUACUUCAGAAACUCUACGGCCUUUAUAAUGCUGUUAUAGAUAGCAUUAAUGGGUAUUAUGAAAUCCUCUGGACUGAUCUGGAUAUUGAGAAAAUCAAUAAUGAGCUGCUGGACUUCCAAAACAGAAUUCGCAAGCUGCCCAAAGCACUAAAGGAGUGGCAAGCAUUCAAUGACUUGAAGAUGAAGAUUGACGAUUUCAGUGAGAGUUGUCCUCUGCUUGAAAUGAUGUCAAAUAAAGCAAUGAUGAAGCGACACUGGGAUAGAAUUUCACAACUUACUGGUCACGGUUUUGAUGUGGAGUCUGAAAGUUUUUCCUUGAGGAACAUAAUGGAAGCCUCACUUCUGAAAUAUAAAGAAGACAUUGAGGACAUAUGCAUCAGUGCUGUCAAAGAAAAAGACAUUGAAGCAAAACUGAAAAAUGUCAUUAAUGAAUGGAGUGCCCAUAUAUUCACUUUUGCCCAGUUCAAGACAAGAGGUGAACUGCUAUUGAAAGGGUCAGAUACCUCUGAGAAAAUCGCUCUGAUGGAAGACAGUCUCAUGAUAUUGGGGUCCAUUAUGAGUAAUAGGUAUAAUGCACCAUUUAAGCCAACCAUACAACAAUGGGUGCAUAAGUUAUCCAACACAACAGAGAUCAUAGAGAGCUGGCUUAAUGUGCAGAACCUCUGGAUUUACCUGGAAGCUGUGUUUGUUGGUGGUGACAUUGCAAAGCAACUACCUCAGGAGGCAAAGCGGUUCCAGAACAUUGAUAAAUCCUGGCAGAAGAUUAUGCAGAGGGCUCAUGAGACCACCAAUAUAGUUCAGUGCUGUGUUGGCGAUGAAACAUUGGCACAGUUGUUGCCACAUUUACUGGAACAGCUGGAGAUGUGUCAAAAAUCCCUCACUGGAUACCUGGAAAAGAAGCGUUUGGUAUUUCCUCGGUUUUUCUUUGUUUCAGAUCCAGCUCUUCUGGAAAUCCUUGGACAAGCAUCAGAUUCACACACUAUUCAGGCUCAUCUCCUCAGUUUAUUUGACAAUGUUAACAGAGUUGGCUUUCACGAGAAGAACUAUGAUCAAAUUUUGUAUUUUGAAUCUCAAGAAGGGGAAAAAGUGAACCUAGGGGAGCCUGUCAAUGCUCAGGGAAAUGUGGAGACAUGGUUGGGUCUUCUGCUUAAUGGUGUUAAGAAGACUUUACACAGCAUAAUCAGACAAGCAUCCAUUGCAAUUAGUGAUUCAGGUUUCAAGCUGUAUGACUUCCAGUCCAUGUACCCUGCUCAAAUUGGCCUGCUGGGAAUUCAGAUGAUCUGGACAAGAGAUGCAGAAGAAGCCUUAAAUAUGUCAAAAACAGACAAAAAGGUCAUGCAGACAACCAAUCAGAAGUUUCUUGAUCUGUUGAAUGAUCUGAUUGAUAUGACAACAAAGGAGCUGACCAAAAUGGACAGAACUAAAUAUGAGACUCUAAUUACCAUCCAUGUUCACCAGAAGGAUAUCUUUGAUGAUCUGGUUCGAAUGAACAUCAGAUCAGCUUCAGAUUUUGAAUGGGAAAAGCAGUCCAGAUUUUAUUUCAUUGAAGAUAUAGAUAAAUGUAUCAUCCAGAUUACGGAUGUGGAAUUCAGCUACUGCAAUGAGUAUUUGGGCUGUACUGACAGGCUGGUCAUUACCCCUCUGACUGACAGGUGUUACAUUACCCUGUCUCAGGCUCUAGGCAUGAGCAUGGGUGGAGCACCAGCGGGCCCUGCUGGGACUGGAAAGACUGAAACAACUAAGGACAUGGGCAAGUGUCUUGGAAAAUAUGUUGUGGUUUUCAACUGCUCUGAUCAGAUGGACUACAGAGGACUGGGUCGUAUAUACAAAGGUUUGGCACAGUCUGGUGCAUGGGGCUGUUUUGACGAAUUUAACCGUAUUGAGUUGCCUGUCCUUUCUGUGGCUGCACAGCAGAUUUACAUAGUCUUACAGUGCAAGAGGAAUAAGAAGAACCAAUUCAUAUUCACAGAUGGUGAUGUGGUUGAUAUGGACACAGAAUUUGGUAUAUUUUUAACCAUGAAUCCAGGCUAUGCAGGACGUCAAGAACUUCCUGAGAAUUUGAAAGUUCAGUUCCGCACAGUGGCUAUGAUGGUACCAGAUCGAGCUAUCAUUAUGAGGGUAAAGCUAGCCAGUGCUGGUUUCCGAGACAACCUAAUCCUGAGUCGUAAAUUUUACACCCUGUACAAGCUGUGUGAGGAACAGUUAUCAAAACAGGUGCAUUAUGACUUUGGAUUGAGGAAUAUCCUCUCUGUCCUUAGAACUUUGGGAGCAGUGAAAAGAUCCAAUCCUGAAGAGCCAGAGAAGACAGUAGUAAUGAGAGUUCUACGUGACAUGAACCUGUCAAAGCUUGUGGAUGAAGACGAGCCAUUGUUUAUGAGUCUGAUAAAUGAUUUGUUCCCUGGAAUAACGCUGGAUAAAGCUGGUUAUCCUGAUCUGGAAGCAGCCAUACAAAAACAGACAGAAGAAGCUGGUCUUAUCCAUCAUCCUCCUUGGAUUCUGAAACUUAUCCAGCUGUAUGAGACACAGCUAGUGAGACAUGGAAUGAUGACACUUGGACCUAGUGGUGCCGGCAAAACCAAAUGUAUCAAUGUCCUCAUGAAAGCAAUGACAGAUUGUGGAGCUCCUCACAAAGAGAUGAGAAUGAACCCUAAAGCCAUUACUGCCUCCCAAAUGUUUGGCACCCUUGAUGUGGCCACAAAUGACUGGACUGAUGGCAUAUUUUCAACUUUGUGGAGAAAAACCUUGAAAGCAAAAAAGGGAGAGCACAUAUGGAUAGUUUUAGAUGGACCUGUUGAUGCAAUAUGGAUCGAAAAUUUGAAUUCUGUUUUGGAUGACAAUAAAACGCUCACAUUGGCUAAUGGCGAUCGUAUUCCAAUGGCACCUAAUUGUAAAAUUAUAUUUGAACCACACAACAUUGACAAUGCCUCCCCAGCCACUGUAUCCCGCAAUGGCAUGGUCUUUAUGAGCUCUUCUGUUCUGGACUGGAGACCUGUCCUGAAGGCCUGGUUGAAGACCCUACCUUCUACUCAGCAUGAUGUAUUAUGGAACUGUUUCGACAGCAUCUUUCAGGAUUUAAUUAAUUUUGUGUUCACUGCUGUAUCUCCAAAGAUGCAGAUAUUGGAGUGUAUGUAUAUAAAGCAGGCAAUUGAUCUCCUCCAGGGUCUUCUUUCAGAUAAGGAGGAGAAGCAGCCCAGCCAGGAACACCUGGCUCGAUUAUUUGUCUUUGCAUUGAUGUGGUCAAUAGGUGCAUUGAUGGAACUUGAGGAUCGUAUGAAGAUGGAAAUAUUCCUCCGCAAACACUCUGCCCCUCUUGAGCUUCCUGCUGUUAAAGGAGAUGAAACCAUGUUUGAAUUUGUCAUUAGUGAUAAUGGUCAAUGGGAGCACUGGUCCAAAAGGGUUCCUGAAUAUAUUUAUCCAAAAGACUCCAUACUAGAAUACACCUCAAUCCUAGUUCCAAAUGUUGACAAUGUUCGUACAGAUUUCCUAAUGCACACCAUUAUGAAACAAGGAAAAGCUGUUUUAUUGAUAGGUGAACAGGGCACAGCAAAGACAGUUAUGAUCAAGGGCUACAUGAGUAAAUAUGACCCAGAAUUUCAUGUCACCAAGUCAUUGAACUUCUCUUCUGCAACCCUUCCCAACAUGUACCAGAGGAGUAUUGAAAGUUAUAUUGACAAAAGGAUGGGAACAACAUAUGGCCCUCCAGCAGGAAAGAAAAUGACAGUUUUUAUUGAUGAUAUCAAUAUGCCUGUGAUUAAUGAGUGGGGCGAUCAGAUAACCAACGAAAUUGUAAGGCAACUCAUGGAGCAAAAGGGCUUCUACAACCUAGAAAAACCUGGUGAAUUCACUAGUGUCGUUGACAUUCAAUUUGCGGCAGCCAUGAUUCACCCCGGAGGAGGUCGAAAUGACAUUCCCCAGCGAUUAAAGCGCCAGUUCACAGUCUUUAAUUGCACUCUACCAUCAAACUCCUCUAUUGACAAAAUAUUUAGGACUGUGGCUGAGGGUUAUUUCUGUGAAGAAAGGGGAUUUCUUCUAGAAGUGUGUAAUCUGGCAUCUGCAUUGGUCCCUACUACACGCAGAGUGUGGCAGGCAACUAAAAUUAAGAUGUUACCGACCCCAGCAAAAUUUCAUUACAUCUUUAACUUGCGGGACUUGAGCCGUAUUUGGCAGGGGAUCUUGACAGUUACAUCAGAGGUCUGUCGCAGCACUGACAUUCUUGUGGCACUUUUCCAAAAUGAAUGCACACGUGUGAUUGCAGAUAGGUUUGUUGACCAGAAAGAUAAGGACUGGUUCGAAAAUACUCUGCAUAAGAUUGCUUUAGAAGAUCAUGGACAAGAGCUGUUGCAGAGUGUAUCAAAAGAGUCCUACUUUGUAGACUUCUUACGAGAUGCACCAGAAGCUACUGGUGAUGAACCAGAUGAUGCAGAUUUUGAAGCACCUAAAAUCUAUGAGCCUGUCCCUUCAUUUGAACAACUGUCAAACAGGCUAGACAUGUUCAUGCAACAAUACAAUGAAGCAGUAAGGGGAGCAAGAAUGGAUCUGGUGUUUUUCAAGGAUGCAAUGAUCCACUUGGUAAAAAUCUCCCGCAUUAUCCGGACUCCACAAGGAAAUGCUUUGCUGGUUGGUGUUGGAGGCUCAGGGAAACAGAGCUUGACUAGGCUGGCUUCCUACAUAGCUGGAUAUCAGAGCUUUCAGAUUACUCUGUCAAGAACUUACGGAACAAAUAAUCUUCUGGAUGACCUAAAGAUUUUGUAUCGUACAGCUGGGCAAAAAGGAAAAGGAAUAACUUUCAUAUUUACGGACAACGAGAUUAAGGACGAAUCAUUUCUAGAGUACAUGAAUAAUGUGCUGGCCUCAGGAGAAGUGUCUAACCUGUUUGCAAGGGAUGAGAUUGAUGAAAUCACACAAGAUUUAAUUCCCGCUAUGAAGAAAGAAUACCCACGGCGGGCACCCACUGCUGAGAACCUGUACGAUUACUUCCUCUCUCGUGUUCGCAGUAACUUGCAUGUGGUGCUUUGCUUCUCUCCAGUUGGGGAAAAAUUCAGAACCAGAGCUCUGAAAUUCCCUGGUCUUAUUUCUGGGUGUACCAUGGACUGGUUCCAGAGGUGGCCACGAGAUGCUUUGGUUGCUGUUGCCCAUCACUUUUUGGCCUCUUACAAAAUAGAAUGUACAGAAGAAGUGAAGCAAAGUGUUGUGAACACAAUGGGUACAUUUCAGGACAUUGUGGCAGAAAAAUGUGUGGAAUAUUUCGAAAGGUUCCGACGGCAGACAUAUGUCACCCCAAAAUCUUACCUGUCUUUCAUCAGUGGCUAUAAAGCAAUAUAUGGGGAAAAAUAUGAAAAUGUAGGAAAUCUGUCCAACCGUAUGAAGACAGGUCUGGCAAAAUUAAUGGAAGCUGAAGUUUCUGUUAAUCAGUUGUCAAAAGAACUAGCAGUUAAGGAAAAAGAUUUGGCUGUUGCCUCUAAGAAGGCAGAUGAAGUUUUGCAGGAAGUGACUCUCAAAGCUCAAGCUGCUGAAAAUGUAAAGAUGCAGGUUCAAAAGGUAAAAGACAAAGCCCAAGCCAUUGUGGAUGAAAUUGCCAUUGCAAAAGCAUCUGCUGAAGAGAAACUGGAAGUGGCCAGGCCAGCCCUUGAAGAGGCCGAAGCAGCUUUGCAGACUAUUAAGCCUGGUGACAUUUCAACAGUUCGAAAACUGGGUAGACCUCCUCAUUUAAUUAUGAGGAUCAUGGACUGUUGUUUGUUGUUGUUCCAAAGAAAGAUUGAUACAGUGACGCCUGAUCCAGAGCGAAAUUGUGUGAAACCAUCCUGGGGAGAAGCCUUGAAACUAAUGAACAAUUCAGGUUUCCUUAACUCAUUGCUGGAGUUCCGCAAGGACUCCAUCACAGAGGAAAUGGUUGAACUACUGCAGCCUUACUUGGACAUGGAAGACUAUAACCUUGAAUCAGCCAAAAAAGUGUGUGGCAAUGUAGCAGGGCUCUGUUCCUGGACACAAGCCAUGGCAUAUUUCUAUGGAAUUAACAAGGAAGUUCUUCCCUUAAAGGCUAACUUGGCACUGCAGGGAGCCAGGCUUGCAGUUGCCGAAGCAGAACUAAACAAUGCACAGAGCCAACUUGAUGCCAAGCAGAGAGAGCUAGAUGAUGUGCAGGCCAUGUAUGAUGCUGCUAUGAGAGAGAAACAAACUCUUCUUGAUGAUGCAGAAGCCUGCAGGCGGAAGAUGAACAAUGCUACAGCACUGAUUGAAGGACUUGGAGGAGAAAAAAUACGAUGGACCGAAAGCAGCAAAAAUUUUCAGAAUCAGAUUAUUAGGUUGGUUGGGGAUGUUCUUUUAGCCACUGGUUUCCUAUCAUACAGUGGACCAUUUAACCAAGAGUAUAGGACUCUACUGCUGCAGCUUUGGAAGAAGGAAAUGAACCAUAAUAGGAUACCAUACAGUGAUGAUCUGAACCUUAUCUCAAUGCUUGUGGACAAUGCUACAAUUGGUGAAUGGAACCUUCAAGGACUUCCCAGUGACGACCUGUCUAUCCAGAAUGGAAUUAUUGUUACCAAAGCAUCUCGUUUUUCACUUCUUAUUGACCCACAGGGUCAAGGGAAAAUAUGGAUUAAAAAUAAAGAGAAAAAUAAUGAACUACAGGUAACAUCUCUGAAUCACAAGUAUUUUAGAACUCACCUGGAGGAUAGUUUGUCUUUGGGAAGACCUCUUAUGAUUGAAGAUGUCGGGGAGGAGCUCGAUCCAGCACUUGACAAUGUUCUUGAGAAAAACUUCAUAAAAUCUGGAUCAACAUUUAAAGUAAAGGUUGGUGAUAAGGAAGUAGACGUCAUGAAAGGAUUUACGCUAUAUAUUACAACCAAGUUGGCAAACCCAGCAUAUACACCUGAAAUUAGUGCAAAGACUGCGGUAAUUGACUUUACUGUGACAAUGAAAGGAUUGGAAGAUCAGCUCCUUGGUCGUGUCAUUCUCACAGAAAAACAGGAGUUGGAAGCAGAGCGUGUCAAGUUAAUGGAAGAAGUAACUUCAAACAAGAGGAAAAUGCAGGAACUAGAAGAUAAUCUCUUGUUCCGUCUGACCAGCACCCAGGGUUCUCUUGUAGAAGAUGAAUCUCUGAUUGAAGUCCUUAGAAUAACAAAGACCACAGCAGAGGAGGUCAGUGAGAAGCUGACAAUUGCAGCAGAAACUGAACUGAAGAUUAAUACAGCUCGUGAGGAAUAUCGUCCUGUAGCUACGCGUGGCAGCAUCCUGUACUUCCUCAUUGUGGAAAUGAGUCUGGUGAAUGUCAUGUAUCAGACAUCCCUCCGUCAAUUCUUGGGCAUCUUUGACUUGUCAAUGGAGAAAUCUGUGAAAUCCCAGCUGACAGCCAAGAGAAUUGCAAACAUUAUUGAGUAUCUUACCUUUGAGGUGUUUAAGUAUACAGCUCGAGGCCUGUAUGAAGACCACAAAUUUCUCUUCACAUUGCUAAUGGCCUUAAAAAUAGACCUACAAGCUAAGAAAAUCUCCCAUAAUGAAUUUCAGACUCUCAUCAAAGGGGGUGCCACAUUGGAUUUAAAUUCUGUGGAGCCAAAGCCCAAAAAAUGGAUACUAGACAUGACAUGGCUCAAUCUGGUACAGCUAUCAAACUUGCCUCCCUUUAAUAACCUCUUGGGGCAAGUUGCAAGAAAUGAGAAGGCAUGGAAAAUCUGGUUCGAUAAGGAAGCCCCUGAAGAAUCAUCAUUACCUGAUGGAUAUGAUAGUUUGUUGGACACUUUCAGAAAAUUGCUACUUAUUCGUAGCUGGUGCCCUGAUCGAACAAUUGCUCAGGCCCGUCAUUAUAUAGCUGAAUCUCUAGGUGUAAAAUUUGCUGAGGGUUUCGUCCUUGACAUGGAGGCCAUGUGGGCUGAAAGUGAUUGCAGAACUCCCCUGACCUGUUUCCUGUCAAUGGGAUCAGAUCCCACAGAGAACAUUGAGCGCCUAGCCAAGUCCAAGAAUGCACCUUGCCGUGCAAUCUCCAUGGGCCAGGGUCAAGAAGUUCAUGCCAGGCGCUUACUAAGUCAGUCCAUGCAAGAUGGUGGAUGGUUACUUCUUCAGAACUGCCAUUUGGGUCUUGAUUUUAUGGAUGAAUUACUGGAUACAAUAACUGUUACAGAAACUGUUCAUGAUGGGUUUCGGACAUGGAUUACCACAGAAGUUCACCCCAAGUUUCCUAUAAAUCUGCUACAAUCUUCAAUAAAAUUUACUAAUGAACCACCCCAAGGUGUGAAAGCAGGAUUAAAGAGGACAUAUUCUGGAGUGUCUCAGGAAUUACUGGAUGUAACCAAUGUACCACAGUGGAAGCCUCUGCUUUAUGCUGUUGCAUUUCUGCACACAACAGUGCAAGAGAGAAGAAAGUUUGGUCCUUUAGGUUGGAACAUUCCAUAUGAAUUUAACCAAGCAGAUUUUGCUGCCAGUAUUCAGUUUGUCCAAAACCAUUUAGAUGACGUGGGCACUAAACGUCCCGUGAACUGGAGCUGCUUGCGUUACAUGUUGGGAGAAGUUCAGUACGGUGGUCGUGUAACAGAUGAUUUGGAUAAGACAUUGUUAAACACAUUCGCUAGGGUCUGGUUUGGAGAGCACAUGUUUUCUGACAAGUUUUGCUUCUAUAAAGGCUACGGAAUCCCUAAAGGCAAAGCAAUUGAUGAAUAUCUCCAAUAUAUAGAGCUAUUGCCAUUGGUGGACACACCUGAGGUCUUUGGAUUGCAUCCUAAUGCAGAUAUAACCUACCAAACGAACAUGGCAAAUGAGACACUAAGUACAAUAGUCAAUAUUCAGCCCAAGGACAGUGGAGGAGGUGCAGGAGAGACAAGAGAGACUAUUGUGCAGCGACUAGCAGAUGAGAUGCUGGAUAAAUUACCAGAGGACUACAUCCCUCAUGAGGUUAAAGCUCGGCUGCAAAAAAUGGGUGCAAUCCAGCCAAUGAAUAUAUUCUUACGCCAGGAAAUCGAUCGCAUGCAGCGCGUGAUCAGUCGAGUCAGAAGUACGCUUACUGAUCUUAAACUGGCAAUAGAUGGUACCAUUAUUAUGUCAGAAGAUUUGCGCGAUGCCUUGGAUAACAUGUUUGAUGCCAGAAUCCCAAAGCUCUGGUAUAAGAUUUCCUGGGAUUCUGCCACCUUAGGUUUUUGGUUUACAGAACUGCUGGAAAGAAAUAUGCAGUUCAGGAGCUGGCUGUUUGAUGGGCGUCCCAAUCAGUUCUGGAUGACUGGAUUCUUUAAUCCACAGGGAUUUCUGACAGCCAUGAGACAAGAAACAACACGCAUGAAUUUAUCAAAAGGCUGGGCCUUAGACACUGUAAUUUUAUAUAAUGAUGUCACCAGAAUGAUGAAAGAAGAUGUCAAUGCCCCUCCUCCAGCUGAUAUUGGUGGAGUCUACAUAUACGGAUUGUUUCUUGAUGGUGCUGGCUGGGAUCGUAGAAACACAAAGCUUAUGGAAGCUCAGCCAAAGGUGCUGUUUACUAAUCUUCCCGUAGUUCACGUCUAUGCUGUGAGCACUAAUGGACCGGCUGAUCCAAAGAAACAGCUGACCAACCUCUACUCUUGCCCGGUUUAUAAGAAGCCACGAAGGACUGAUCUCACCUAUAUCUUCUCCCUGUAUCUGAAAACUGUGUAUGUUCCUGACCAUUGGACAAUGAGAGGCGUUGCUCUACUGUGUGAUAACAAGUAAACCAGAAGCAAUGUAAAUGGUACUGGUAGUAAUGUCUCGUAUUAAUACAUACAAUAAUAGGGGAUGUCGCUGUAUGCUUCUUAUAAGUAAUACUGUUUAUUAAGUUGGAUGUUCGUCACGAUGGCCUAAUGUAUGUAUUUUUUCUUUUUGUUCAAUAAAAGAUUUUGUUUAAGGAAAAAAAACACAAAA